AUGUGUAUCACCACCUUCUUUGUCCGUGUUUGUGCCAAGUGCGACAAGGAGAUCAGCCGUCUAAAGCAGGAGAACGUCAGUUGCAAAAGUGCCUCUCGGGCUGAUCCGAAGUGUUACGGAAAGACUGAGGACUAUCGAUUCUUCAAGAAGCUCUGCUCUUACUGUCAUCCAUCAUGCAGCUGCUUCUCAAAUGAUGCGCUGAACAAGAUUCUUGGCUCCGACUGGGACUUUUCGUCUGCCGACAAGCUGCAGGAUAACCACGUUCAUACUGCACCUACAAUUGGAGACGAGAUUGAGCGUUUGUGUCAUUGUGUCAAGAAGAUGCGGCUGGACGCCGAUGGUCGAACCAAGUAG